GCUACUGUUUACGUGUCGCAUCAAGACUGGGGCAACGAUGUUGCAGCUGGGAGAUGAUGUCACCCUCUACUCGGUCGUAUUCGUAUUAGUUUUGCUAGGCACCCGCAGCCCAGUAUGGUCAGCAGUCCUCACCGCUUCCCUCUACAUAUUUUUGGCCAUGUUCCGGUUCCCCCAGGUACCGGCUAGUCGCGCACGACAGGUGCUGCACGGCAGCAAGGGAGGAGUGUCGGUGGUCGCUCACCGCGGCGGUGGACACGACGCCCCGGAGAACACGAUAGCAGCCAUCAGAGAGGCUAGUAAAAAUGGGGCAACAGGUGUGGAACUGGACCUGGAGUUCUCAGCAGAUAAAAUCCCAAUACUGAUGCAUGAUGAGACUUUGGACCGAACCACCAACGGGUCAGGACCACUGAGUCAGAUGGCGUUCUCUGAACUGCAGAAACUGGAUGCAGCUGCUAAACACCGCCUGAGGGACAGAUUUGCUGGAGAGAAGAUCCCAACCUUAGAGGAGGCAGUGGAAGAAUGCAUCAAACUGCAGCUCACCAUCUACUUUGAUGUCAAAGGCCAUCCAGAUGAGGCAGCUGCAGCCCUGAAAGAGUUGUAUAAGAAACAUCCGGUCCUCUACAACAGCAGCAUUGUCUGCUCAUUCGAGACUAAAGUCAUCUAUAGGAUGAGACAAAGUGACCCUGAUGUGGUCACAGCACUGACCCACAGGCCGUGGAGUCUGAGUCGGUUUGGAGACGGUCUCCCGCGUUUCCCGUCGCCAUGGAAACACCACUGGAUGACACUCAUGGAUAUUGUUUUGGAUUUGGCGCAUUAUCACUUCCUGUGGAAGCUGUGUGGCAUUUCAGCCUUCCUGAUACAGAAGAACUUCGUCUCACAGGACUAUGUGGAGUACUGGGCCCACAGAGGGGUGGAGGUUGUAGCCUGGACAAUCAACACAAAGGUGGAGAAAGAUUUUUACCAGGAACUGCUAAAAGUCAACUACAUCACAGACAGCCUGGUGGAGGACUGUGACCCUCAUUACUAACACUAGCAUCAACCAAACAUACUGUAAAAGAAGGGCAUUUUUUUCACAUCAUUCCUAUGCAGCAUGUGGUGAACGAACACAGCUGAUAUCUUUUCAGCCAACACACCCGUCAUGGUGGGUGUCCUCCUUUUAAUCCUUUUCAAAAGUUAUGAUGAGGCCUGUGGAUGUUCUGUACUGUCAUAAGGCCUGAGAUGAUGAACAAGAAAUACUAAAAUGUGGUGGAUUUUAUUGAAGCAACAAAUAAAAUUAAAAGGAAUAUGGCAUGUA